GCUCAUCACAGGCCUGAUCUGCUGUCUCCUGGUUGCAAUGCAGGCAGGGAUUAACUUGGGGACAGCUGUGUCAAGAGGAUUGUAUCAACCAGCAACAAUCUUUAUGGGCCGCCAAAUGUCAGCCAUCUCAAGCGCUGGAGAUGUUAGUACAGAGCAGAAAUCUCCCCAACCCACGAAGAACUUCAGAACAAUUCCUGACCCAUGUUCACAGCAACAGACAGCCCAGAGCAGUGAUGUGACAGACAGCUAUGUAGUCUGCACUAAUAGUGGCACACAGUGCUUAAAUAAGUCUGACAAAAUAGAUGGAAGGACAUCUCUUCAGAUUGAUGAGAAAAUGCCAGUCACAGCCAGCCCAUUGUCUGAGGAGGAACAGACUCAUUGCUUGGAGAUAGGAAGCAACUCACGUCACGGCAAGAGUAAUUUAUCUGAAAGCAGAAAGUCUGCUGAACUCCAUUCCCUGUUACGGGGAAGAUUACGUCCAGGGAGCAGAACCACUGAUUUAAAGUGUGACAGUUCCAGCAGAUCAGGGGCAUCAGAGGGAGAAAUACUGACACGGGAACAUAUUGAAGUCAAGGAAGACAGUGCCAGACUACCAGUCGCUCCGAUAUCCGUCUCAGAAUACUGUGCAUCUGAAAGGAAGUGUUCUCAAGAGAAGCAUUCUGCUCAGGAAGGUUUCUCAGGUGGGGUGAGAGGCUGA